AUGUGUUGGAAUUUGAAAAUUGAGCUGAUCGAAAACACCGCUGCUGUUUUUGGGGCAGCAAAUGAUAAAACAUACUCAAAUGGUGAGGGUUACAUCAAGAGACAAGCUUUGUACUCUUCUCUCACAUGUAUUCCUGAAGCUAAAGAAGAUCCAGAGAGAGUAGCUGGAGUAUGCUUGGCUUGCAGUUAUCACUGUCCUAAUAGCCAUGAACUAGUUAAACUUUAUACUAAGGGAAAUUUCCGAUGUGAUUAUGGUAAUAGUAAAAUUUGA